ACGUACACGCAAGGGACUCUGGGGAAUUAGACAGGAAUACAGGAAGAGACACAAGUAGCUGUUUUGUUCUUUUUUUUUGAUCCAGCAUUUUGGACUCUUUAUCCCGUGUGUGUGUGUGAGGUUGUGUGUGCUGAUGGGUAAGGUAAAGGUAGGAGUAGGGCCGUUCGCCCGAAGGCCUGAUAACUCAGCCUUUAAACAACAAAGGCUGCCUGCGUGGUCUCCCUCCCUCACGCCACACACAGUGCUGCCGAUCUUCUACUCCCUCUCUAUAGUGUGUGUGCUGCUGGGCGUCUGGCUCCUCAUCACAGUCCAGAACACACAGCAGCUGAAGGUUGAUUACACAGAGGCUGGUUCUUGUGAAAAAUGCUUAGAGAUGCGCAAGUAUCCCACCAACGCCACCAUCAUGUGUGUCUGUGUUGUGAACUUCAACAUCCCAAAGAUGUUCCUGGGGGACGUCUUCUUCUACUAUGGCCUGAUUAAUUUCCACCAGAACCUGCGCAGGUACAUGGACUCCCGCGAUGAUGCCCAGCUGGUCGGGAGGAAGAAUAGCCUGAAGGCCCCGAGUUCAUACUGUGAGCCGUUUGCUUAUGAUACGAACGGCGUGCCUAUCGCCCCCUGUGGCGCCGUGGCUAACAGCAUGUUUAACGAUUCGUUUGCGCUGAGGUAUCGUACAUCUGAUGGGAAUGAAAUAGAUGUUCCACUCAUCAGGAAGGGUAUCACCUGGUACACAGACAAAAACGUCAAGUUCCACAAUCCUAAAAUAAACUCCACACUCCAGCAGACCUUCCAAGGCACGGCUCAACCUCUGUACUGGCAGCGGCCGGUGUAUGACCUGGACCCUUCUGAUCCCAACAACAACGGCUUCAUCAAUGACGAUCUGAUCGUGUGGAUGAGAGAAGCGGCCUUCCCCAACUUCAAAAAGCUCUACGGCAUUCUCAACCGCGCUCACACUUCCUUCUCACAGGGUCUGCCUGCUGGCAACUACAGCGUCCUCAUCCACUACAAUUUCCCUGUUCAGUACUUCCACGGCAGGAAGCAAGUUGUGCUCACCACGCUGACCUGGUUCGGUGGUAAGAAUUCCUUCUUGCCCAUCGCCUACCUGGUGAGCGGAGGCCUGAUCUUCAUCGUGGGCGUCGUUCUAACCGUGGUGUACGUCAAAGUGGGCCGAGACGGCAAGAACAUGGAGGAGUGACAUGAGGAAAUGACGGAGGAUGAUUAUGAGAAGAUGAAGGAAGCCUGGGUAUAUUUAUUCCUGAUGUUAUUCUGUCAAGCAUUAUGUGCACUGAGGAUUUUCUCCACGUUAAAGGAAGAAUGUAGUGGCUUGAUAUGAGCUGAUUGAGUAAAAGUUGAUACCGAAUUGUAAAGAGUUAAGCUAUGGUUGGAUUGUAGACUGGAAUAUACAGUAAGUAAGUAUAUACAUGAUUAAUCAUAGUCCAUUUAUUUGGAAAGUUCACCACAAAAUACCCCUAGAUUAUACAUUUGAGCUGCAGAUGGUGAUGGAUAAUAAGAUAUUUACAGGUUGAUCACAUUAUCAGUGAUAAACACUAAAAAUCUAUGUAACCAGGGAAUGAUUAUUUAACUAUAUCCAAUCUGUUGCUAGGAGAAACUGGCUGAUGUUGUAAAACUGCAAUGUUAUAUAACACAAUCUCAAUAUCAGAACUUUAUCAUAGCCCAGCUUUAAUUCCUGCUUCUCUCCAGUAGAGGUCAGCUAAAACAUGACCUCAGCUCAGGCUCACAAGGUGUGUGAGGUUUCAUUUUGUGUAGUAUUUUUCUGCUAAAUGUCGUUUUACUGAAUAAAUGAGUCAGAUCCAUGCUUCAGA